AUGAAAGCCUCAAAGGACGAACCUUCGAGUCAUGGCAGUGACGAGGACCGACUCAUCAGACUUGGGCACAAGCCUGAGCUCACACGAACAUACAGCUUCUGGAGUCUGAUGGCAUAUCAGACCACAAUAUUAUGUUCCUGGUCAUGCAAUAUCGUGAUGUUUUACUAUAUAUUCACUUUGGGCGGGCCUGUCUGCCUUGUUUGGGGAACUGUCGUCGUGACCAUUGGGCAGAUCUUUGUCAUGGCAUCGCUAGCAGAGUACUGCUCAAUCUGGCCUACUGCGGGAGGACAGCAGUUCUAUACACAGGUUGUUGCUCCAGCGAAAUCCAGACGAUUCUUAUCUUAUGUGGUCGGCUGGUGCGUUCUGGUGGGCGAGAUAUCAACGAGUAGCAGCUGCGCGCUGAACAGCGCAGAAAUUGUGUCUGCACUCGUAGAGAUUAUUCAUCCAGAGGUUAAUUGGAAGCCCUAUAUGACAUGGUUGAUAUACUCAGGUUUUCUUGUAGCACCUGCUAUAUCCAAUCUGAUGCCCCGAUACCUUCCAGCGUUGCAAGUAUUCGGCGCCGCUUUCAACGUCGGUAAUGGCCUGAUCUGGGCCAUUGUUUUCUUGGUGAUGGCGGACAAGAAUAGCGCGAAAUUUGUCUUCACCGACUUCCUCAACGCCUCGGGCUGGAAGUCCACAGGCUGGGUCUUCAUCUUGUCGAUGUACGUUCCAAUCUAUGGACUGUAUGGGACUGAUGGUGUAAUGCACUUGGUUGAAGAAAUGAAGAAUGCUUCUCGCGAUGCUCCUCGAGUGAUGUUAUGGUCCAUGGUCUGGGCUGGUGUCACCGCGUGGCUUUCAGCGAUCGUCAUGUGCUUGACCGUCGGUCCGCGUUGGGAAGAUUAUCUCGAGGCCACUUCUUCCUACGUUGCGUGGUUCAUGGAUGUAUUGGAUUCAACGUAUGGAGGCGGAAUUUGGUGUGCCGUAAUGAUGAUGGGCUUGAAUUAUCUCAUCAUCGUGAACAUGAACACUGCUGGGUCACGAUUGGCAUGGUCCAUGGCUCGAGAUCGUGCAUUCCCCUGCUCCGAAUACUUUGCACAAGUCAGCAAACGAUUCGCCAUGCCACUGCGGGCUAUGAUGGGCUUCAUUGUACUCAACCUCCUUGUCGGCUUGCUGGUUGUUGGAAGCGACCUCGCUUUCUACGCCAUCAUUUCCGGUGGCGGUGUUACCCUUCAAGUCUCAUACUGCAUACCUAUAUUGUGCGUGGUGCUGAGAGGACGCCAGCAUCUCCCGCCCCGGCCUUAUUUUGACCUUGGACGAUGGGGCUACGCUGUAAACAUCAUUUCCUUGCUGUGGAGUGUUGUUGUUGUCCUGUUCUACAUUUUCCCACAAUAUGUGCCUGUGGUGGGUGAGAUUGCAAACAUGAACUGGGCCAUAGCAAUCCUCGGCGGCGUCGUCCUGCUGUGUGGGCUCUACUGGGGCUGGAAAGGGAGACAUGAGUACUUGGUCUUCAGUAAUUCCAUUCUUGAUGACAAUGUGAUCAUGCAUGGCGCAGCUAUGGUAAGCGGCCGGGAUGCAGCGGUGGCCUUUGGACAGCCAGCCCAGAUAACCAAGAAUCUCUAG